AUGUAUUUUUGUUUUCCAAAAAGUUUUUGGCCGCCUGAUCUGUGUGCAAUUUUUAUAUUUUAUGUGAUUAUCUUAUUGAUUCUAAUUAUUACAAAUUCUACGUCAAUAUUAUUUUGGAAGGAAGUUUUACCUGGUCAACAAAUUUUACGUUCUGGUUAUCUUAAACCUAUUUUUUAUUUGGUAUUAUUUGGCCAUUUAAUCAAUGCUUUAUUUCCAUUAUUUGGCUUAUUUUCUAUAAAAAAUUGGUUGUCAUUACAGCCAAUAUUAUUGUGUAUAUUAAAUUCAGUAUUUUGGUCUAUUACAUGUUUUCGAUUAUGGAUUAAUCGAUUUAAAUAUGAUUUGCCUAUUUUAUUAAACAUUUCAUAUUCAAUAUGUGCUUUGAUCUGUUUGAUACCUUUUAUAUUUUGGCGUAUAUGUUUUCCUAAUGGUGUCUACGAGUCAUAUUUUGCAAUUUAUGUGAUUGGAGUCGUAAACAUAUUUUUCAUUUUCUUCUCAUGUAUAACUGGAAGAGUGUUAAAAAGAAAAGAUGAAUCGGCUUGGGUAAAUGGAAUUUCUUGGAUUAUUGACAUUUGGCCCUACAUUUGGCCAAGAAAAAAUGUUCAACUACAAUUAACUGUAUUUGCUUGUUUAUUUAUUCUAGCAAUUGGAAGAGCAAUUAACGUAUUAAUUCCACUAUAUAGUAAAUGGAUUGUUGAUGUUUUAUCGUCAAAAGAACCUUAUUUUUGUUGGCAAUUAAUUUUAAUUGCUAGUAUUUUUAAAUUUUUACAAGGAAGUGGAGCGCAAGGAGGGUUAUUAAACACAAUACGUUCAUUUUUAUGGUUACGAAUUCAACAAUAUACUACUUUAGAAAUUGAGGUCGAUUUAUUACGCCAUUUACAUUCACUUUCAUUAAGUUGGCAUCUUUCCAGAAGAACUGGUGAAGUUCUUCGUAUAAUGGAAAAAGGUGUUGAUUCAAUGAAUACUUUAUUAAAUUAUGUUCUUUUCAAUGUACUUCCUUCUCUAUUAGAUAUUAUUUUAGCGUCAAUAUUUUUCUUUACAAAUUUUAACAUUUAUUUUGGUUUUCUUGUUCUUUUUACAAUGAUAAUUUAUUUGGUUGCUACUGUUGUAAUUUCUGAAUGGAGAAUAAGUCAUAGAAGAGCAAUGAAUGAAAGUGAUAAAAUGGCUGGGGCGAUUGGUGUUGAUUCUCUAAUUAAUUAUGAAACAAUUAAGCAUUAUAAUGCAGAAGAGCUGGAAACACAACGUUACAAGAAAGCUUAUCAAAUUUUUCAAAAAGCUGAAUAUAAAGCAAAUGCUUCACUUUCUGCAUUAAAUUUUUGUCAAAAUUCAAUUAUUGGGUUUGGUUUAACAAGUGGAUGUCUUUUAGCUGCUUAUUUUAUUGUAUCUCAUAAUAUAGAAGGAAAAAUGUUAAGUGCCGGUGAUUAUGUUUUAUUUACAACUUAUUUACUUCAACUUUUUGGUCCUUUAAAUUUUUUUGGAACAAUUUAUAGAACAAUACAACGUUCAUUUAUUGACAUGGAAAAUAUGAGAGAAUUAUUAAAACAAGAUAUUGAGAUUAAAGACGCAAUUGGUGCAAAAGAAUUGGAAGCAUUUCCUGGACGUAUAGAAUUUUGUAAUGUUUCUUUUGCUUAUAAAACUGGACAGCCAGUACUUUCAAAUCUUUCUUUUACUGUUGAUCCUGGACAAACUAUUGCUUUGGUUGGACCAUCAGGUAGUGGUAAAACAACAAUUGUUCGUCUUCUUUUUCGUCUUUAUGAUGUAACUGAUGGUCAAAUAAAAUUUAAUGGGACUGAUAUUCGAAUGUUAAAAUUGUUUUCACUUCGUAGCAGAAUUGCAAUUGUCCCACAAGACACUGUUUUGUUUAAUGAUACAAUUCGUUAUAAUAUUCGUUAUGGAAGGCCAACGGCAACAAAUGAAGAAAUUGAAGAAGCUGCUAAAGCUGCAGCUAUUCAUAAUUUUAUUACUUCACAUCCUGAUGGUUAUGAAUGUUUGGUUGGUGAACGCGGAUUAAAAUUAAGUGGAGGUGAAAAACAAAGGGUUGCUAUUGCUAGAGCAGUACUUAAAAGGCCAGAAUAUAUUUUAUUGGAUGAGGCAACUUCAGCAUUAGAUUCAAAAACUGAAAGGUCAAUACAGCAAAAUUUAUUUGAAUUGUGUAAUAGAAGAACAUGUUUAAUUGUUGCACAUAGAUUGUCUACAGUUAUUCAUGCAGACAAAAUUUUGGUUUUAAAAGAAGGAAAAAUUGUUGAGACUGGAAGUCAUGAACAAUUACUUGAAAAUAAAGGCUUAUAUGCAGAAAUGUGGUUAUUACAAAAUGAAAAAGCAUGUGGAAUAAAUUUAAAAAUGAAUAAUAUUAAUAAUGAAGAAGAAGAAUAAAGAUAGAAAAUAGUUUUUAAAAGUUUUUAAAAUUUUUAAAUAGAUCUCAUAGUCAUUGAUAUUUUUUGUUAUGUACUUUUGAUAGCCAGUGAUAUAUUUUAACUUUAGGAAUAGAGCAAGGAUUGUACUACACCCCAUCCUCCUUUUUUAAAUGAGCCCCUACAACAAGGCCCUACAUCAAAGUUUUUCAGUUGUCUAACAUUUUAAAAUCUUCAUACAUAUUUUUGAAUAUUUUGCUCAUUUCAAAUUAUUCCUUUAAUAUAUUUACUUUCUCAUACAUUCUCAUAAAUUUUUUUACAAAUUUACACAUUUUCCCUAGGCACAUAAUUUCUAAUAUGUUUUUAUCAUCUCCGCCCUUUCUCUUCCCUAUAA